AUGGAGGGGGGGAAGAGCGGGUUCAAGCUCGCCCAGGAGGAGAGCGGGCUGGAAGAGGACCAGGAUCCCGCCAAGGGGCGCUUCAGACCCGGGCUGAGUUUACAGCUGGAUAUGGAGAGCCAGAGAUCUUCCGUUCUCCACAGAGUGGUCAGUUUUGCUCCUGAUCCACUCCCUGCCAGGCAAUAUGACAGGCACACCACUGAACCGAUCAGCUUCUACCUCUCUGGCUUGGAAGAGCUGCUUGCUUGGAAACCCACCAAAGACGAUGCUUUCAAUGUUUCUACUGAACCUUUGGCUAAACGCCAGCCCCCGCUUGAGAGCCACCGGCCCCGCACACUGGUCUGCCAUGACAUGAGGGGGGGCUACCUUGAAGACAGAUUCAUCCAGGGCGCAAAGGUGUGUGAUCCCUAUGUGUUCUACCACUGGUGCUAUACUGACAUCUUUGUGUACUUCAGUCACCACUUGGUCACCAUCCCCCCGGUGGUGUGGACUAAUGCUGCUCACCGCAAUGGCGUUCUCAUGCUAGGAACGUUCAUCACGGAGUGGACAGACGGUGAGAAGAUGUGCGAAUCAUUUCUGGCAGGCGAGGAUGAAGCAUAUCGUGCUGUGGCUAAGCAGCUGGCUGCAAUCGCAGAGUUUUAUCGUUUUGAUGGCUGGUUGAUCAACAUUGAGAACUCUUUGAGUGUUUCAGCAGCCCGGAAUAUGCCCCAUUUCUUGCGGUAUCUGACGGCCGAGGUGCACAGACUGGUGCCUGGAGGACAGGUGUUAUGGUAUGACAGCGUCCUGCGGAGUGGAGAACUCAAAUGGCAGAAUGAGCUUAAUGAACAAAACAAAGUUUAUUUUGAUGCUUGUGAUGGAUUCUUCACUAAUUAUAACUGGAAAGAGGAACACCUGUUGCGAACUAGAGAGGUGGCCAAUAGUCGUCGGACUGACAUCUACGUCGGGGUUGAUGUGUUUGGACGAGGUGCUGUUGUGAGCAGUGGCUUUGAUACUAAGAAGUCACUGCAGAUGAUUCGGGAACAUGGUCUUUCGGUGGCCAUCUUUGCGCCUGGCUGGGUAUAUGAGCAUCUGGGCCCAAGAAACUUCCUGGACAAUGAGGAUAAAUUCUGGGCCCUGCUGACACCACUACUGUCUAUUCACCGCAUUGUCUCCCUCCCCUUGUGCACCAGCUUCAAUCUGGGUGUGGGUAACCGACACUUCAAUCAUGGGCAGGAGACAAGGACAGAGCCAUGGUACAACCUAAGUGCUCAAGAGAUCCAGCCAAUAUAUGGCAGCCACAGAAUGGCAGACAAUGGCUGGGUGCAGACCCGGUGCUACCUGCAAGAAGCCUGGUGUGGGGGCAGCUCCUUGCUGCUGGAAGGGGCCAUCCUUCCCAAGGCUCAUCACGUCACAGCAAGGCUAUUCUCAUUCCAGAUUCCAGCACCCUCUCGAUUAUUCCUGGUCUUGAUUUUUAAACACGAUUCCCAUUUCCAAGCCAUGGCUCUUGCACCAUUGCUCAGCACCCGAGAAUCAUUGCCACAUCCUGACAGGGACACAUCUCCGUUACCAGAACCAACACAACAUAUGCCCUCCCUGCUUCACACACCUCCUCCUGGCCUCGCCCAGUUACUCAGAGGAUGUGAACAGCGUGGGGAACAUGGCUGGCAAAGUCGAUGCUAUGCAUUGGAGCUCCAGAAUGGCUUCCUGGAUGAACUCUCUCUCACUGUGUUCCGUCGUCAGCCUAGACAGGAGGAGAUGCCCUUUACUUGCCUCCUAGGCAAGAUCUGGGUGCUGGACGCUGCUUCCCUGCGCUCACUGUUAGCUCCCAACGUUACCAGUUCCAUGUUGCCUGUGGAUGCUGCCCAUAUCCAUUGGCACCAGGUUUCAGCUGAGCAGCUCUCCGUCAGUCUCACCUUGAGCUGGACUUAUCCUCCCAGCAAGGCCACCUGCUUCCGCGUGCACUACCGGAGCGGGUCGUGUGUUGGAGGCUCUGAACCACCUCUUCUCUUGCUUGGGGAAGCGCACGUCUGCCUAUACCGCGUGACUCAGCUAGCAGUGCCUACCCCUCAUGCCAUGGCCUCGUGCCACCUGGAAUUCCUGGUGGAGCCAGUCCCUAACAAUGGGAGCCACAUCAGCCCUGCCAUGUGGGGAAAAUUCAUCUUUGUGUACUCUAACCCAAAGCUACCCGAGAGUGCUGCCACAGUUUCCCCAGGCCCAAGACCCUAACGUAGCCUUAGUUUUUGGGUGAAGCUUCUGUCUUAAGAGCUGUGUUAGGAGGUAUCCCUUUAAUAAAGCCUCUUUGUUGCUUU